AUGGCUGCCCGAGAGCAGGUAAUUCGUGCAGAGACCGCUGAACGAGCAGCCGAUAAGGCACUCAUUGCCUCAAGGAAAGCAGUCAAGGAGGCAAGGGACCACGUUAAGCAUCUUGAGCGUGAAGCCGCUGAAGAGGCCCGAUUGGCAAAGAUCAAGCAGGACCAAGCCAAGUCCAUCUCGAAGAGAGCGAAGCCGCUUGGACGUCAUAUUUAA